UUCAGGCUGCUGUUGUGGUGCUAACUAGCUUAGCCUCUUGUUGCGCUUGCCAGACUUAUGACUUUAUGACUCUUAUAUAACAGCUAUGUAAUGUGGUUUUAGCAAAGCAUUUCUGUGUAUUGAUAGGUGAACAUUUUAACUUACAAAUGACUGAGAGUUUUUAUCAAAUCAGUGAUUUUUAUGACAACUGUCAUGUUAUAAAUGAGCAGACUUGCUCUUCCACCUGCUUCAGUGUGUUGUGUUUACUUAAUUUAUUUUCACGUAGUGUGUUUUGUACGGACAUAUGUUUAAUGCCCGGUAUGCGUUUGAAAGAUAUGGUUUAGGUUAAGGUGCCCUGUCACACUGACUGACUGCAGUACUCGAGUAUUGUUGUAAAUGCUUGUAAGUUGUUUUUGGGCAGAGGCCUGGGUAUCAGUGAAACAGGACUUGCUAAAUACUAAUCCCGCAUUGAAUGUGAAUAGAAGGAUCUUAGGGCGCAUGCGCAGUCUACACCUACAGCAUCCUGCCAGAUAGUGGGCCGUUGUUGUGCGCACGCGCAGUGUGGCGCUGCAGGGGCGCUCUUUGCCAGAAAGUGAGCCGCGUUCAUGAUCGCGUUCACGCAGACGUGUUGAAUGGGUUGCUGCAUUGCAGAAAUUACGAACAGCUGACAAGUUGGGCUGCCUCUGCCGCUUGUGAAGCGGAACAGUUUGCCACUCACGGAUUGUUUGUGGGAGUGUUUUCAGAUCAGCUCUGGGUCCCCAGAUCUCUUUCUGGAUCAUUGAAAAUCAAAACUCAUAGACGCACUCCACAGAAUCUGUGAAGUAGAAAACUUCUGUUGGAGGGAGAGAAAGGCUGCCACGUGAUGCCACAUCUCUGCCUCAUCACCAGUAGGCCACGUACCAGCAUCCAAGAGGAGAAAGACUCACGCCGAGAGCACAAACAGACUCAUCUGCUAAGUUAAAACGCACCGCCACACGCCUCUCUCUCAGAUUGUAAAACGACUGAACUGGACGGCUCAUUGAAAAACAGCUCAAGGUUCUGCCUGCAUUCCCUUUAUGUUCUCUGGGUUACGCUGAACACGAGUGUGUGCCCGGAUCCUGGCGGCGGCUGUGAAAAACACAUGCGUGCAUGAGCAUUAUUUGCUUUUGAGUGAGUAAUCACGCGUGUGUGCUUUGUCGGGGACGUCCUGCGGUGGCUGGCGUAGUGACCCUCCCCCUACCCCACCCCCAACGCUCAAAACUGGCGAUGUCCAGGGUGCCGAGUCCUCCGCCUCCUGCAGAAAUGACCAGCGGCCCUGUGGCCGAAAGCUGGUGUUACACACAGAUCAAAGUGGUUAAGUUCUCCUAUAUGUGGACCAUCAACAACUUCAGCUUCUGCCGGGAGGAGAUGGGCGAGGUCAUCAAAAGCUCCACCUUCUCCUCAGGGGCCAAUGACAAGCUUAAAUGGUGUUUGCGAGUGAAUCCAAAAGGUCUGGAUGAAGAGAGUAAAGAUUAUCUGUCGCUCUAUCUGCUACUGGUCAGCUGUCCUAAGAGCGAGGUUCGAGCGAAGUUCAAGUUCUCCAUCCUUAAUGCCAAGGGCGAGGAAACCAAAGCUAUGGAGAGCCAGCGGGCGUAUCGCUUCGUACAAGGAAAAGACUGGGGGUUCAAGAAGUUCAUAAGGCGAGACUUCCUACUCGAUGAGGCCAACGGUCUGCUGCCUGAUGACAAAUUGACACUCUUCUGUGAGGUGAGUGUGGUGCAGGACUCUGUGAACAUCUCGGGUCAGAACACCAUGAACAUGGUGAAGGUUCCUGACUGCCGGCUGGCAGAUGAACUGGGAGGACUGUGGGAACAUUCCAGAUUCACGGACUGCUCGCUGUGUGUCGCCGGGCAGGAGUUUCAGGCACACAAAGCCAUACUGGCAGCACGCUCCCCAGUAUUCAGUGCUAUGUUUGAACACGAGAUGGAGGAGAGUAAAAAGAACCGAGUUGAGAUAAACGACGUGGAGGCUGAGGUCUUUAAAGAGAUGAUGUUCUUCAUCUACACGGGCAAAGCACCCAACCUGGACAAGAUGGCUGAUGACCUGCUCGCUGCUGCUGACAAGUAUGCUCUAGAGCGGCUGAAGGUGAUGUGUGAAGAUGCUUUGUGCACCAGUCUGUCUGUGGAAAACGCAGCAGAGAUUCUGAUCUUGGCCGACCUGCACAGCGCUGACCAGCUGAAGACACAGGCUGUCGACUUCAUCAACUACCAUGCGUCUGAUGUGAUGGAGACCUCAGGGUGGAAGUCAAUGGUGGCGUCCCAUCCUCACCUGGUUGCAGAGGCGUAUCGUUCCCUGGCCUCCGCCCAGUGCCCUUUCCUGGGCCCUCCUCGCAAACGCCUCAAACAGUCUUAGUGCUGUCCCUUACCGUUACCUAACCCGCACACCUACAUACACUCACACAACUGCCUACAAAGGGGGGGGGCGAGCGCUAUUUUAGAUUCACACCCGCCCACCAAGCUCUGUCCCUUUAGAUGCCUAAACCAGCUGUUGACCUGCCCCUCCCUUCACGUUAUCCGGACAGACCCCUCUGCUGCCCUACCGUCGGGUUUCUCAGUGUUGGGGAGAGUGGAGGCUGCCACAGGUUGAACCCUGCCCAAAAACGUGGCCAAUCUCUGCACUAGUCCGGCCAUCUAUCCCAGAGUUUCUGUGAUUCUGUUGGACCAUGGAUUCUUGAGCAUGGGCGGAUGGAUCAAGGUUGAGCUUUUGGUUGGGCAGUUAAAUGUGAGAUGGAUUAAGGCUGGACUUUUUACAUAACUCUUUCCACUGGCACUACUGUGUGCUCUCCUUCACUGUGUGAACCGGUUCUCCAUCUCCGCUUCAUCCCUCCCGAUAGACCGAUAGACAUUCGCCUUUACAGUCAUGGAUGGAGGGAUUUUUCUCUGAACAGGAAUAGAGGACAAACUCUGUUAUUGUUGAACUCAUCAGUAGGUAGCAUGUGUCUUCGUAAUGACGACAUCAGCGUUCAGUAGAUUCCUGUGUGACUUUAUGAAUCCUGUGUGACAACAAACAGCUUUUUCCAGAACUGUCCACUGUUUCUUGAGAAAUUUAAACAGGACUUGCCAUGAACUUUUACUUACAACCCAUAAGCUAACCUGGCUUCCAAAUGGAGAAGUUCAGAUGGUCUUGGUUUGGUCUCAUUUUACAGGGCGAAUAAAUUGACAAAUCCAAUGAGGAGAGUAAAACUGGGGAAAUGCUUAUUAAUUUUUUUUAUUUUUAUUUUUAUUUUUCCUUGUGAUGUUCAUUUGGGAUUUUUCCUCCUUGUAGCACUUGUGUAUUUGAAUCCAGGCUUUCUGUAUGAAAAAAAAGCCCCAAAAAACACAAA